GACCCCUCCCCCGAAGUUCUGGUAUAAGUGACAGACGGAGAAGGGUGAGGUCUGCUGUGUUAACCCGUGUAAAUACUCAUAAGUGGAUUUAUUAAACCGUUUUUGACCCGGAUUCACACGUUUAAGGGCCAUAAUAACGGAACAUCAGGCAGUAUUGUGUUGUGCAGCUGACCGUGCCAUGGCCACCCUGUUUAAGGAGCUUCCCUCCUAGACACGCCCAGUUGCAUAAGAAACACGCGCACGUACACACGCACACGUGUGGGUUUGCGUGUAUGCAUGAGAUGACGAGCUCCCAUCUGAACGGACAUGUUGGUGACGGGGAAGGCGGAGGAGAGGAGGAGAUGAGGGGGGGUUCUCAGCACAGAGAGAUGGCAGUGGACUGUCCUGGGGAGCUGGGAAGCAGGACCCUGCCGGUACGAAGAUCCGCUCAGCUGGAAAGGAUAAGGCAACAUCAGGAAGACCUCCGACGGCGCCGCGAGGAGGAGGGGAGGCAGUUGGAUCUGAACGCGUCCCUCAGGCUCCGCAAGCUCUCCCAGAACCCCCACGUAGGGAUUGACAACCCCACCUUCCUGCAGGACUCACACACGCCCCAGCAACCCGCGCUGGGAAGCCAGCACGCACAGACAGUGUUGGAGCUGGAGGAGCUGCUCCAGUCCCUCAAGCAGGUGAAGGGCUGCCUGUCCGACGCCCAGAGUCAGAGUGACGUGGAGCUGGUGCUGUCACUGCUCCAGAAGGCUGACUUCCAGUCUGCGCUCAGGAUCCACAAUGCUGUGGCCAACAGCAUGCACCGCCCCUCCCCGCCAUAUCCACACACGCACCAAGCGCUGCAGCUGACCAUGGAGGUGGAGGGUUUGGUCCAGUCCAGUCAGAAUAAAGAUGGCUUAGAGCUGCAGAGUCUACUCUCUGACACACGUGUGCAGGCUCUGCUCGUGGCUCAUGACGGCGUGGCAGAGAGGGAAAUGCAGCUGGAGCCGGUGUCCCCUGCAGGGGAGACUGUGACCCAGUGGGGCGGGGAGACAGUGAAGAUAGUGCGCAUUGAGAAGGCCAGGGACAUACCACUGGGCGCCACGGUGCGUAACGACAUGGACAGUGUGGUGAUCAGCCGGGUGGUGCGCGGGGGCGCUGCGGAGCGCAGCGGCCUACUGUCCGUGGGCGACGAGAUCCUGGAGAUCAACGGGGUCGAGAUCCGGGGAAAGGACGUGAACCAGGUGUUUGAUAUACUGGCGGACAUGCACGGCAUCCUCACCUUUGUGCUGAUCCCCAGCACAGAGGGUAAACCUCCUCCCAUCAAGGAGACAGUGAUUCACGUGAAGGCCCAUUUUGAUUACGACCCCUCAGACGACCCCUACGUACCCUGCAGAGAGCUCGGACUGUCCUUCCAGAAGGGAGACAUCCUCCACAUCAUCAGUCAGACGGAUCCCAACUGGUGGCAGGCGUACCGUGAUGGUGACGAGGAGAACCAGCCCCUGGCCGGACUGGUCCCCGGCAAAAGUUUUCAGCAGCAGAGAGAGGCAAUGAAGCAGACGAUUGAGGAGGACAAAGAACCAGAGAAGUCUGGAAAGCUCUGGUGUGCAAAAAAGAACAAGAGGAAGAGAAAGAAGCUGCUUUACAAUGCCCACAAGAACGAAGAUAAUGACAUUGAAGAAAUUCUCACCUAUGAGGAAAUGGCCCUGUACCAUCAACCAGCCAACAGGAAGCGGCCGAUUGCACUGAUUGGUCCACUGAGCUGUGGCCAGGCGGAGCUUAAGCAGAGACUGGUCAACAGCCAACCAGAGCGCUUCGCUGGGGCUGUCCCUCACACUACAAGGAGUCGUCGCGAUGGAGAGUCGGGUGCGCGAGACUACCAUUUUGUGUCUCGUCAGGCAUUUGAAGCAGAAUUAGCCGCCGGUAAACUGAUAGAAUCUGGCGAGUUUGAGAAGAACUUGUAUGGGACCAGUUCAGACUCUGUGAGACAAAUCAUCAACACUGGAAAGAUCUGCCUUCUCUGUCUGCAUACACAGUCUCUGAAGAUAUUGAGGAGUUCAGACCUGAAGCCCUACAUCAUCUUCAUCGCCCCACCUUCACAAGAGAGACUGAGGGCCCUCUUGGCCAAGGAAAACAAGAACCCCAAGCCCGAGGAGCUGCGCAUCGUGAUCGAGAAAGCACGGGAGAUGGAGCAGAGCUGCGGCCACCUGUUUGACGCGGUCAUCGUCAACACAGACCAGGAGAAGGCCUACAGCGAGCUGCUACGCCUCAUCAACAAGCUGGACACGGAGCCGCAGUGGGUCCCCUGCUCCUGGCUCCGUUGAUCUCCUCCUGCUGUCCAACCAUAUAUAUAUAUAUAUAUAUAUAUAUAUAUAUAUAUAUAUAUAUAUAUAUAUAUAUAUAUAUAUAUAUAUAAAAAAUACACACACACUGUCCUAUUUAGAUCAGGAGACUCGCUCACUUCUUUGAGUUGGUUUAUACGGAGAUGCACUUGGCCAUUGAAGCAGGCUGCUUCACGAGUGCUAGGACAGACCUCAGACUCUGAUGUUAGAAGACGGUGCCCCUUUAGUUAUCUUGUUGCCCCAGGAAGAACGGAACAGGGUGUUUCUAACCGACCGUUUGAAAGGAAUACGACGUGAUGCAUUUUACUUCAAAUUGAGGACAUACUAGAAAUACUUUCUCAAUGAUCCUCAUUUCCACUGAGGAGUGGCCUUAUGUUUCAUAGUCUCUGAAAUAACAGUUUUCACGUUGGCACACAAAUAUUGAUUUGAUAAAAAUGUGAUGCCUUUAGUGUUACUUCACUUCACCUUUCUAUUUUAGAUUCACAGACAUCUUCUUAAGUCGCAAGUAAUCUUUGUAAAAUCCAAUGGCUUUUAAAGCAAUUUUAGCAAUUACAACGGCAACCUGGAUUUAUUCCACAUUGUUGGGUUAGUCUUGUCCAUAAAGAGGCCUUAGUGCACAGGAAAUGUGAAACUCUUAACCCACCACUUUUUUGUUUUUGUUUUAGUCUGUUUUGUGGAAUGAAAGCAGAUGCUGCUUAAUCUGUGAAUACACAAGUGUUUGCCGGCAUAUUACUGGCAUGCUUGUCAAACCCCUCAUUACUACUUGCAUAAAGCCUGAACACGCAUCUGUGCCUGAUAUCAUUCUCUUGCACUACAAAGUCUUUUUUUCCUCAAUUCACAAACACCACUGCCAUCUGGCCUGGACAGACUGCCUGCCACACUUCUGUUCACACACAGCUCAGUCUAGGACCCAGGAUAUACAAAUCUAUUUAUAACCAUAGGACUUGGAUUCAUUUGUCCUAUGUUUCUGCUUAUGGCAGUCGCCCUGACCUGAGCAGUGGUUUGUCUUAUAUUGCAAUAUUCCCCUUAAUUGCCUUCAUUCGUAUCAUGCCCCGAACCCCUCUAUGAAAUACAUGCGUUUAGCCUGGGUGGGAAGUAGUAGUUUUGAAAUGUUUGAUCCUUCCUAUAUUCUGGGAGUUUGUAUGAAUGUGUCACUGUGUGCAAGUUGUCUGUUUGUCCUGUGGAAAUGUGGGCGCGUGUCUCCCCGUCAGUCUCUGUUGAAGUAUUACCUGAAGUAGAUCUGACACCUUAUCACUGUUGUUAUCACUGAGUAGAACAAUUAUAUAUUAUAUUAUAUAUAUAUAUUUGUAAUAAUAAAUAGAUUUAUGAAGUUCUGUUAUGCAUGGAUUGCUGGCUCCGUCUCCCUGGCUGGUUUGUGUCCCGAUGGGGAGGCUGGGCUAAGUGGAGUUCAGCUGUUUUGAAUGUAAAGUAGAAUAUUCAAAUCACUUCCUGUUUAUUGGACAUCACAUUCUUUUUUCUAUGACUAUUCACAAUAAAUAGAUGAUCGCUAGUAAA